CAUUUCCCCACGAUUAGGAGCUUGAUGUAACAUUUUAACAGUUUUAUAACAUGCCAUGAAUGUGUGAUAGGAACCUGACCUAGUGAGGUAGGGUUUCAUUUUAGAAAGUUUAUAUCGUUUUAUGAAAUAUUCGCUCUAUGGGGUCAUUGCCCGUGGGUGAUAGAAACAGUCAGUCCGUGGAGGAACGUAUCGAUCAAGAACCUUGCAUCAAAAUUUCGUUCUUUUCUGUGUAGAUUUUUUUCCCUUCUUAUUCGUACAUUCGUAGUGUAAGGUCGAAACUUAUUUGUUAAAAGAAUGGAUAGAGAGAAAAAACAACGUCAGUAAGGCCGCCGGCAAUUAUAUCGCUUAGAUACGAAUUAUAUCGUUUGGAUACGGUUAUACAGACUGUGGAACGGAAACCAAAAUAAAACAAGGAAGUUUGGAGCUUGUUAAUUUCACAUCCGCGCGUGAAUGUCGCUCAGCUUAUUUCACAGAUACCGCGAUACAAGGAAACAUGGCAGAGAAAAAACUGGAUUAUCAGGGAGGAAAAGCGCAUGGCGAACGCUUGGAGAUGUUGGACAAGAAACUUGCUGACAUCAAUGAGAAAUUCCUGACCGACACUACAUACUCGGAAGUUGAAAACUUGGCAGAAAAGCUGGCACAGUAUAAAGAAAAGUUUAUGGACUUUGAUUUGGACCAGAAUCUAGAAAUAGACAUCAUGUCCAUGAAGCGAAUGAUGGAGAAGUUGGGACAAGCUAAGACUCACCUGGAGAUCCAGAAGAUGAUUAAAGAGGUGGACACCACCGGAUCUGAGACAAUCAGUUACCAUGAGUUCGUCCUGAUGAUGCUAGGUGGCAAGAGCACCAUCCUGAAACUAAUUUUGUUUUUCGAACAUCUGGGUCAUGCGGAGGAAGUAAAAACAGGGAUCCCACCAAAGCGGACGUUGGACAGUCUUCCUUAAAAGGGUCGCGUGUUUAGACAUUAGCUCUUUUAAUUUGAUUUCUAUCCAUCGUGAAUGUACAAUGAUUUUUACCUAGAAGAGUAUAUUGUUAUUGUGUACACCAUAUAAUAUGUGAUCGCCUUAUAGGUAAUACAAUGCAUGGUGCACUUGAUAUAUCAUUACGCAAGCUUAUUUUAAUUGGAACAAUGCGAACAAAUGUAUCAAUAAAUAGGAAAUGAUUGUCAUUUUCAAUCACGGGG